AUGGCGGACCUCCACCGCCAACUGCAGGAGUAUCUGGCGCAAGGGAAAGCCGGCGGGCCGGCGGCCGCCGAGCCGCUCCUCGACGCGGGAGAGGCAGAGGAGCCCACGGCCGGGGCCGGGCCGGCGGGGGGGGGGGGACCGACGUGCAUGCCGAGCGUGCCGCGCGCUCAGCGGCUGGCGGCGAGCGGCGUGUGCCUGCUGCUGGCCGCGCUCUGCUUCGGCCUGGCCGCACUCUACGCCCCAGUGUUGCUGCUGCGCGCCCGCAAGUUCGCGCUGCUGUGGUCACUGGGCUCGGCGCUGGCGCUAGCGGGCGGCACGCUCCUGCGAGGCGGUGCGGCGUGCGGACGCCUGCUGCGCGGUGAGGAGGCGCCGUCGCGGCCCGCGCUGCUCUACGUGGCCGCGCUGGGCGCUACGCUGUACGCGGCGCUGGCUCUGCGCAGCACGUUGCUCACGGCGCUGGGUGCCUGCGCGCAGGUGGCUGCGCUGCUCGCCGUGCUGUUGGGUUUGCUGCCCCGCGGCGCGGGCACCGCGCUGCGCAUGGCGCUCGGGCGCCUGGGCCCGGGAGCCACCCUCGCCAAGGCGCUCCCCGUGUGA